UCAGCCUCUCGCUGCGUAAUGUCUUCUCCACUUUUGAAGCGCGUGUAGCUUCAACUCAGUAACUCUCCAUUUAUUCCGCGGGGCCGAUUGCCUCCAAGACACUCGGACUCUCUGCAUGGAGACACGUUGCUGCUGUUGCUGCAACAUGAGGGCGCUGUGUUUGAACUUUGCCAUCACCUGUCUGUGUCUUCUCCCUUCAGCGGUCCAAGAAACAGCCAAGCCCUUGGAGUUUCAGAGCCAACAAUGGAGAGAGGAAGAAGGAGGGCCAGGAGAUGCUUUGGGAGCUGCUUUGAAAGUUAAACAUACCUUCAAAGAUCUACAGAUCAUCUCCAGCAAGCAAAAGACAGCUGCUUACGGAUCUCUCGGCCCAUACGGAUGGCCACAGAACUUUUCCCAAGCCCUGGAUCAGUAUCUUUACCGCCCCCAUUCUAAAUCCAAACCGUCCCCGAAGACUAAGAAGAUCCUGGGCUGGGGCGAUUUCUACUUUAACGUGAAGACAGUGAAGUUCAGCCUCCUGGUGACGGGGAAAAUCGUCGACCACAUCAACGGCACGUUCAGCGUCUACUUCCGCCACAACUCGUCCCGUCUGGGGAACAUAUCCGUCAGCAUCGUCCCACCCUCCAAAGCGGUAGGGUGGGAGGUUUUGGAUCCAGCGGCUCAGGGCGUUCACACCAAAAAUCCGGUACUGGUUCCGGAUCUGACGUCCAAGUUGCAGAUCCCACCACCUCAGUCCACCAGCUCGACUCCUGCAGACCAUCACAAGCAGCAGCCGGACAUGAUGAUGGUGACGGAACUCAACUGCCGAAUCGAAUACCAGAGAACCAACCGGUCCAAGAAGACCAAGCCCUGCAUGUAUGACCCGGGGCAGACCUGCUACUCAGAAAACACCCAGUCCCAGGCAGCCUGGAUCUGCGCCAAACCGUUUAAGGUUAUAUGCAUCUUCAUCGCCUUCACCGGCACCAAUUACAGGCUGGUGCAGAAAGUCUGUCCGGACCACAAUUUUCAGACAGAGCAAAACCAGCAGCACUUCGGAUGAUCAAGUCAGAGAUAACAAACACUGACUUUUCAUACAUCUUUCAAAGUCAUGCGUUACAUUUUUCUAAAUAGGUUUGCGAAUUGCCUUGUGUUAAUGUGUCAGUGAGUUUAAUGAGAUGUAUAACGCGAGCCUUGUGUUGUCUGAAAUUAUAAUCAUCUGACAAAAGCUCCACAUUGUCGUGAAAAAAAAAAGCAGCGACUUAAUCCACCAUAUCACUUUGUGUGUAUUGUUGUUGUUUUUAUAUGUAUUGACAGAAGUGAAGAUUUGAAAUACAUACAUCUUUAGAGACAACAUUAUCCAAACUAUGGACUUCAAGUGCUUUUUUGUUGUUUUUACUAUAAAAUGAACAACUUGCCCGUUUAUUGUACAGACUGAUAAGAUAAUA